UCUGCCCUGCCUCAAAUCAAAACCAUUUCCCGUUAUCAACCCUUGUGAAGAGCUGACUCCCCUCCUGUUGGCUCCCUUUCGGCACUGGAAGAUGUAACGUUUAAGUUGCCGCUCACAAAUUAGUCUCUUAAAAGUAAAGUAAGGCAGGAAAGCUGAGCUUAAUGGGAUGAUUGUGCGGAUGGAACCAUCAGCCUGAUUCUGACCUCCGCCAAGAAACAGGGAUGUUUUCGUGGCAUGGAAAGAGAAGCAACCACAGGGGUCAAAUGAAUAUGAUUUUCAGAUGGCUUUGUAAUUGUUAAACGUCUAAAAAAAAAAAAAGGAGAAAGAAGAACUGUGAUUGUAUGCUAGAAUACAGCUGUGAAUUAAGAAGGAAGGGACAAAGUUGUUAGCAAUUCUCCUCAGGUGCCAGGCGGCCCGCGGCUCUGCCCGUUUCGCUGCUCACACGGUGAUUCAGCCGCUGUUUCAAGCGGCGCAGCUCGGCUGUGGGACGGGGCAACACAACGGACGGCGCCCAACGGCCGCAGCCCGUCCGCGCGCCGCGCCGUCACCUAGGCGACGUGCGGGGGGGCGGGGCUAAGAGCCGAGGCGGGGUCCGAUUGGUUCCCUUCCCCCGCCGCGCGCCCAGCCGGGAUGAGGCGGAGCGGGAAGGGGGGGAGUGGGAGGGGGGGAAGAAAAAAGAGGGAGCCGCGGCUAUAAAUAAACCGCGCUUCCUGAUUGGCCGGCGGGAAAAAUGGUCGCACCACGUGACUCUCCAUCUAAAAAUUCCAAGAUGGCGGAUCCCGUCACGGGCUGAGUCCGUUGGUGGCGCGCGCGCCGCCCGUGUCCGCCGCCGGGCCUUCGCCGCACGGCUCCGCGCUCCUCCCGCCGUCACCCAGGUUCCCAGUUUGAAAACCGUUAGAAGAUACUCUGCCACCACAUUGGAUUACUUUGUGUGCAACUCAGCAUGUCACUUUGCCCUGGAUUUUAUAAGGACUUGACGUUACCAGCAAUGAGCUCCCAAAGCCAUCCAGAUGGGCUUUCUGGCAGAGACCAGCCAGUAGAGCUGUUGAAUCCACCUAGAGUGAACCACAUGCCCAGCUCUGUUGAUGUGAGCACAGCACUGCCCUUGCAAGUUGCCCCAACCUCAGUCCCGAUGGAUCUGCGCCUGGACCACCAGUUCCCCAUGCCCGUGACAGAGCCAACGCUCCGUGAGCAGCAGCUGCAGCAGGAGCUCCUGGCGCUGAAGCAGAAGCAGCAGAUCCAGAGGCAGAUCCUCAUUGCUGAGUUCCAGCGGCAGCACGAGCAGCUCUCCAGGCAGCACGAGGCCCAGCUGCACGAGCACAUCAAGCAGCAGCAGGAGAUGCUGGCAAUGAAGCAUCAGCAGGAGCUACUGGAGCACCAGAGGAAGCUGGAGCAGCACCGGCAGGAGCAGGAGCUGGAGAAGCAGCACCGGGAGCAGAAACUUCAACAGCUGAAAAACAAGGAGAAAGGAAAGGAGAGUGCAGUGGCAAGCACAGAAGUAAAGAUGAAAUUACAAGAAUUUGUUUUAAAUAAGAAGAAAGCUUUGGCACACCGGAAUCUCAACCACUGCAUUUCCAGUGACCCUCGCUUCUGGUAUGGGAAGACACAGCACAGCUCCCUGGACCAGAGCUCCCCACCUCAAAGUGGCGUAUCCGGCACCUACAAUCACCCUGUCCUGGGGAUGUACGAUUCCAAAGAUGACUUCCCACUCAGAAAAACAGCGUCUGAACCCAACCUGAAAUUACGAUCCAGACUAAAGCAAAAAGUGGCUGAACGACGGAGCAGCCCCCUGUUGCGCAGGAAGGAUGGCCCGGUGGUCACCGCUCUGAAGAAGCGCCCGCUGGAUGUCACAGACUCGGCGUGCAACAGUGCUCCUGGAUCUGGUCCCAGCUCUCCAAACAACAGCUCCAAUAACAUCAGCGCUGAGAACGGAAUUACAGGAUCAGUCACCAGUAUUCAAGCAGAGACCAGCCUGGCUCACCGACUGGUGAAUCGUGAAGGCUCUGUAACACAGCUUCCACUCUACACAUCUCCUUCUUUGCCCAACAUCACACUAGGACUGCCUGCAACUGGCCCUUCCAGCGGAGGAUCAGCGCAGCAGGAUGCUGAGAGACUUGCUAUCCCAGCCUUGCAGCAGCGGAUCUCUUUAUUUCCUGGCACCCACCUCACUCCCUACUUGAGCACUACAACGUUGGAAAGAGAUGGGGGAACCGCACACAACCCUCUUCUGCAGCACAUGGUCUUACUGGAACAGCCAACUGCACAAACCCCCUUAGUCACAGACUGGUAUCUUUCAGGACUGCCCCUCCACGCACAGUCUCUGGUUGGUGGAGAACGGGUCUCCCCUUCAAUACACAAACUCCGGCAGCAUCGCCCACUGGGGCGCACGCAGUCUGCUCCCCUUCCCCAGAACGCCCAAGCCCUCCAGCAGUUAGUGAUCCAGCAGCAGCACCAGCAGUUCUUGGAGAAACACAAACAGCAAUUCCAGCAACAACAACUGCACAUCAACAAGAUAAUAUCAAAACCCAACGAGCCAGCUCGCCAGCAUGAAAGCCACCCAGAGGAGACAGAAGAAGAGCUUCGAGAACACCAAGCCCUUUUGGAGGAGCCAUACAGUGACAGAGUGUCAAGCCAAAAGGAAGUCCCAGGGCUGGCCAAUAUGGUGCAGGUGAAGCAAGAACCCAUCGAGAGCGAUGAGGAGGAAGCUGAGCCACAGCAGGAGCUGGAGUCUGGGCAGAGGCAGGCUGAGCAGGAGCUGCUCUUCCGCCAGCAAGCCCUCCUGUUGGAGCAGCAGCGCAUUCACCAGCUGAGAAACUACCAGGCAUCGCUGGAGGCAGCUGGCAUGCCAGUCUCCUUUGGAGGCCAUCGGCCCCUGUCCCGUGCACAGUCCUCACCCGCCUCAGCCACCUUCCCUAUGUCUGUACAGGAGCCACCCACUAAGCCAAGGUUCACUACAGGCCUUGUCUAUGACACCUUGAUGCUGAAACAUCAAUGUACCUGUGGAAACACAAACAGCCACCCGGAGCAUGCGGGGAGGAUCCAGAGCAUCUGGUCCAGGCUGCAGGAGACAGGUCUCCGUGGCAAGUGUGAGUGCAUUCGUGGAAGAAAAGCAACUCUAGAAGAGCUGCAGACAGUUCACUCGGAAGCUCAUACACUGCUGUACGGCACAAACCCUCUGAACAGACAGAAACUGGACAGCAAGAAACUUCUAGGUUCUCUAACGUCGAUGUUUGUCAGGCUUCCUUGCGGUGGUGUCGGGGUCGACAGUGACACGAUCUGGAAUGAAGUUCACUCAUCUGGUGCUGCUCGCCUGGCUGUGGGCUGCGUCAUUGAGCUUGUUUUCAAAGUGGCCACAGGAGAACUGAAGAAUGGAUUUGCUGUUGUUCGACCUCCAGGUCACCAUGCAGAAGAAAGCACACCCAUGGGCUUCUGCUAUUUUAACUCCGUGGCAAUUGCAGCCAAGCUGCUCCAGCAAAGACUGAAUGUUAGCAAAAUCCUCAUAGUGGACUGGGAUGUGCACCAUGGGAACGGUACUCAGCAAGCUUUCUACAAUGAUCCUAAUGUUCUUUAUAUUUCACUACAUCGCUAUGAUGAUGGGAACUUCUUUCCAGGCAGUGGUGCUCCUGAUGAGGUUGGCACAGGAGCAGGAGUUGGGUUCAAUGUUAACAUGGCCUUCACUGGUGGCCUUGAUCCACCGAUGGGAGACACAGAAUACUUAACUGCUUUCAGGACGGUCGUAAUGCCCAUUGCCAAUGAGUUUGCCCCAGAUGUUGUGCUGGUGUCAUCUGGUUUUGACGCGGUGGAAGGCCAUCCUACGCCUCUGGGAGGAUAUAAUCUCUCUGCAAAAUGCUUUGGGUACCUGACGAAGCAGCUGAUGGGCCUGGCCGGAGGCCGCGUCGUCCUGGCCCUCGAAGGAGGCCACGACCUGACUGCCAUUUGCGAUGCCUCAGAAGCAUGUGUUUCUGCUUUGCUGGGAAACGAGCUCGACCCUCUUCCAGAAAAGGUUCUCCAGCAGAGAGCAAACGCUAAUGCGGUGCAUUCAAUGGAGAAAGUAAUUGAGAUACACAGCAAGUAUUGGCAUUCACUCCAGCGCUAUGCCUCCACAGUGGGCUAUUCCCUGGUUGAGGCACAGAAGUGUGAGAACGAAGAGGCUGAGACAGUGACAGCCAUGGCAUCUCUGUCGGUAGGCGUGAAGCCAGCUGAGAAGCGACCCGAUGAUGAACCCAUGGAAGAGGAACCUCCCCUGUAGCAUUCAUCUUCGAGCUGGAGUUCUCCUGUUUGUUUGUCUUCGUCUUGAAGCUCUGCCAAGAAGCUUUCUCUUGUUACUCCUGCGUCCUGUCAUGGUUUUUUCCAGAAUACAGAAGGACAACCAGGUGUAAAGCAAAGCAACCGAAAAAUCUCUCCAUAUCUAUAUGCGUCUACAGUAUAUAUUUGCUGAAAAUGAAAAAUGCUGGUGAAGAGCAGUAAAGGACUGACAACGCUGGGCAAUCUUCCUCUGGUCCUCACCGGGAGUGGAAAGGGGAACGACGCCCGUGAAGUCUUUGGCAGAGUUGCCAAAAAGUCAAAGAUUCAACAACACACACGUGAAAAUAAAAGAAACAAACCUUAACGUGAAACUGGUGCUUACAAUUUGAUUACCCACAAUUCAGCAAUCUCCGCUUGAACCACUUGUGACCCAUCUUGUAGUUUCAUUUCUUGGAUUUUUUAAAUGGCUCUUGCCUGCCUGUGAGUCAACGACACUCUUGUCGAAACCAGAACAAUGUGAGAUGGUGUAUUUUUAAUGGGGAGGGACAGGGAAAGAGGACUGGUCUUACAUCUAAAGGAAAGGGAAAGAGAGGGGGGAAACACAAAAAAAGGAAACGGUAGCCCAGAUGGAGUCGGCUUUAUUGUCUCCAAAGCCAUCUGAAGAUGAGUUUGUGCCUUUUUUUUUAAUUGAUGGAUAUGGUGCAGCUGGAUUUUUGAAGUUUGAGGAACAAUGCCUUAAGUAAAAAACAAAAAAAACAAAACAAAACAAAACAAAAAAAAACAAAAAACACACAAAAAAAGAAAACACAGCAGUUCGUGAAUAUUUUUCCUCUGGUUGGAAAGCCAAGAACUGCCAUCAGGAAGGAAGACUUUGGCUUGUGCUGGCAUGAUGGUGGGAAGCAGGCAUCAGCUGAACAGAGCGUCUCCAAAAACUGUCUACAAGUUUGGAUUUGUUUUGUUUUCUUUCAUUGCUGUUUCAAAAAAAAAAAAAAAA